UUUCACCAGAUGACGAUUUGGUAGAUGAAGAUGAGAGUAAUGAUCCCGAAACGAUCGAUUUAACUAAUGCAGUUGAAAUGGAUGUUUGCACUGGACCCGAUGGUUACCAGGUAUUUGUCGCUGGUUGGUGUCUUAAGAAAAAGCAAAAAAAAAGAUUAGUAAAACGACUUACACCUCAAGUCAGAAGCUUAUUAGAAACUAUAUUCUAUACCGGAACUGCAAGUCCACGAAAUAAAAUAACAGCAACAGAAAUGCAACAAGAAUUACUCAAAUGCUCGCAGAAAGGUGAAAUUAGUGGUGCCGACAUACCUGAACUCACGACAAUUUCAAACUGGAUUA